UGUUUGUCAUACUUGUCAAAAACUCUAGAACUGUCAAUCCGGGUUGUGUAUUUCGUUUCGUGUGCUGCCGAAUCUUAAAUCUUGAAAAAGAUGUCGCUGGGACCGUUCUUCCGUUCGCCCUUCACGGAUCUAACCGCCUCGAUGGUCAACUUCCAGCAGUACGACAAGUGCGGCCCAAUGGAAAUGGCAGCCAUCGAUUGCCUGGAGGCGUACGGAACCAUUCGUGGCAAUGAAAAGUGCGCCGACCUGCUGGCCGACUUCAAGGAGUGUGCCAUCAUGAGCAAACAGGUUGCCAGAUUCCGGGCGAUGCGGCUGGAGAGACAUCGUCAGGGAUUGUUGGGUGACAAGAAGUCUGAAGAAUAUUACGCUAAACCGCCACGCGUUGAUGCGUACUAAAGCGGUCACUAGCAGGCGACCGCUGAAUUCGAUCGGUAUAUCAUUGUAACCUUAUUCGCGAAAUAAACCCAUUUUUAGUUGAAUAAACAACUUGUCAGUU